CGUGGCUGACGUCACCGGCUGUGUGGAGGAGUAUAGGCUGUGCUGUCAGCCCAGUGUCAGUCUGAUGAAGAUUGGCAUGCAGGUUUGGUGCGGAGAGGCGGAUACUGGGCAACGGAGUAGACGACAACACCGAGGGGCUGCUGCAGUGCUGUGGGCAAGCUAACAUCUCAAUGUGAAGCAAUCCCAUUAUGCAACAUGCAUCCCCAGCACCUGCAGUGACAAUGAUGGCCACCCAGAGUGUUCAUCCUCCAUCGUACCAGGAGAGCCAACAGAUGACGGGCACCACUCAGCAAAACGCCAAGACCCCACAGGUCCACAUCCCAGCAGCCACUGCAGCAGGAAAUACCUCUGUCAGUGCGACCCUUGACCCUCAGGCCCAGCUGGAGUCUGACAAGAGAGCCGUUUACAGACAUCCACUGUUCCCCCUGCUGGCGUUGUUGUUUGAGAAAUGUGAGCAGGCGACACAGGGCUCUGAAUGCAUCACGUCUGCCAGCUUUGAUGUGGACAUCGAGAACUUUGUGCACCAGCAGGAGCGAGAACACAAGCCCUUCUUCAGCGAAGACCCAGAGCUGGACAACUUGAUGGUGAAGGCCAUUCAGGUGUUGAGGAUCCACCUCCUGGAAUUAGAGAAGGUCAACGAGCUCUGCAAGGAUUUCUGCAACCGCUACAUCACCUGCCUGAAGACCAAGAUGCACAGCGACAACCUUCUGCGUAACGACCUGGGAGGACCCUAUUCUCCGACGCACACCAGUCUCAGCAUGCAGCAGGAACUAAUUCAGACCUCCUCUCCAUCCAUGACCUCUGUCUCCAGCUCUGUUAACCCCUCAGGGAUUGUGGUGCCCGCCGGGGGUCUGCAACAAGGCAACGUCGCCAUGACUACCAUCAACUCUCAAGUAGUUUCGGGUGGGACCCUGUACCAGCCGGUUGCCAUGGUGACAUCACAAGGGCAAGUGUUAACGCAGGCGCUGCCGCCGGGAACCAUCCAGAUUCAGAACUCACAGGUAAACCUGGACCUGUCAUCUCUGUUGGACAGUGAAGACAAGAAGUCCAAAAAUAAGAGGGGGGUCCUGCCCAAGCAUGCCACCAACAUCAUGCGCUCCUGGCUCUUUCAGCAUCUCAUGCACCCGUACCCGACAGAAGACGAGAAAAGACAGAUCGCCGGACAGACAAAUCUAACCCUUUUGCAAGUGAACAACUGGUUCAUCAACGCUCGCCGGCGCAUCCUCCAGCCGAUGCUGGACGCCAGUAACCCGGACCCGUCUCCCAAAGCCAAGAAGAUGAAGUCCCAGCACCGUCCCACGCAGCGCUUCUGGCCCGACUCCAUCGUGGCGGGCGUCCUCCAGACGCACAGAUCUCAAACGGGCAACUCUGACAACCCACUGAGUAUGGACAGCCUUCAGUCCCUGUCCUCAGACUCGGCCACCCUGGCCAUGCAGCAGGCCAUGCUGGGCGCCGACGACUCCAUGGACGGCACCGAGGAGGACGACGAGGAAGAGGAGGAGGAGGAGGAGGAGGAGGGGAUGGAGGAGGACGACGAGGAGGACGACGGGGAGGAGGACGACGACCGAGGGAGGCAGAUGUCCGGCGGGGGACGUGCGAGGAGGGAGCUGAGCAUGGAGCACAGUGAGGAACUGGAGUAGAGGGGUCAAAGGGGGGGAGUGCGUACUUACUAUGGCCACAGUUGUUCCAAUCCAGGAAAACUCUAAUGCUUACGUGAUUCUUUCAAGCGUUCAAAGGGCGAACUAUGACUCUUCUGCAGAGCGUCAAAAACCCACACACAACGAUCAUGAAUAUAGAGAAUGAAUAUUAGUUUAACAAUGUGCUGUUUCUUUCUUUUUUUUUUUUUUUGUAUGUUCUCAUGCAGUGAGUGCCACAAAUGUUUGAGUGAUGACACUUUUUUUUUUUUCUUGUUGGUAUUUUAUAGCCAACCUGGUUGCCAGGAUCACACGUUGCCAAUGUUUCUAACUCAUCUUGUGUUUUCAGAACCAAAAUGAAGUCAUUUGUCCACUACAAAAAAACGUUUGAGCCGCUUGUGAUGAACAAGGGGGGCGACGUUAACCUUUCUCCUGCUUAUAAGCGUGGUUUCGGUCCCAAAGUGGAGCUCAGUCCAACAUCGGUGAUACUGGUAUGCAUAUAAUGCUAGUAAAUUGAAUUAUGUUCGAAUUUCAUUACAUGGUCUAAGCAGCUUUGUUUUAUUUUUUUUGCAUAUGACAAUAAACUUCUUGUAUCUUGCAUCGAUUGGCAAACUCAUAUUGUGCACCUGCCGACUCCUGCUUCACAGCGAGGCACGUCGCGAGCCCGCCUCCGCCGCGGCACCUGCUCUCGCUGCUGUAUCUGAUCUGAAUUAAUGUCAAAGUGUUGUCGGCGAGUGCUGCCCCCGCGAGUCCUCGUGGAUUACGUAUGUGCCAGGCCAGAGCCGUGCCAGACGCAACUGAUUGCAAUCAUCAAAUGUAUAAAAUCACAUUUUGCCACAAAGGUCAUCGUCCUGACUGAAAUGUGGUUAGGUUAUGGCACAAAAAGGUAUCUCGUUAGCGCUCGGGGGGGGUAUGACAGUGGAUUAUUAAUAACGAAGGGUUUCGUAUUGCUCAGAGGGAUAAAUCUCCAGAUAAAUAAAUAAGAAAGGACGUAGUCAUGCAGCAGGUACAGUCCGGUAGUCAACAACAUACAGUGUAUAAUUAUGCUGAGAAGGUUUAUUUUUACAACUUUCUGUUGACGCACUUUAUAUUUGACUCCAACUCGGCAAGACCCCCAGCUUUUACGGACUUUGUUAACCUGGCGUCCUCAUCCGACGCGUGUUUACCUUUAAAACCUCAAUGUAUACCUUGUAACAGCCAUAAAUAAACUUCAAUUUCAUCCCUCUAAUCCACAGUGAAGUGUGGACGGUACAAAAUAUUGCACUCGAGGCACAUGGUUAAUGAGAAGAGCCGUUUUGACUGUCACAGUUCUACAGUUUAAACUUGAUUUAAAUGUGAGCUGAGCCCCCGUAUUGUUCACGUGUCAUUUCACUUUCAAAAAUAAAAGCGAGUCUCACACACACACACACACACAAGCAAGCGCACAAAAAAAGAAGAAGCAUAAAAGCUGUGCAUGCAACCGCAGGAGUGACUGUGUGUUUGGGAGAACAUCAUUUGCACCUUCUGACUGACUCCUAGUUUCUCAGGUUAAAUAACGCUCACACGACGUGUUUCUUCGUCUCUCGUGAGGGGAAACGCGUCGACACUCUGCUCCGGCAAAAGUUUUCAGGCAUGAUUUUAGAAAUCCUUUUUUUUCUCUUUGAAAGCGAAACAAAAGAAAACAAAAAAAAAAGAAUGCAAAACAAACACGUAGUUAAGUGGUGUACUCUGACUGCACAUUAUAGUAUGUAUAUCGGAUUUUUCCAUAUGUUUGCAUUCUGAUAAUGAACGUUUGCAUAUUUAUUCUGUUUUUUUUUUUGUUGUUUUUGUUUGUUUGUUUGUUUUUUUUCCUGCGUGACCGAAAAGGAACAACAUGACGAUGACAGUUUUUGCAGACUUUGGCAGCAGAGGCUGUUGGAGUGGCUGCAUGGUGGCUGCACAAACACUCAACUUCAACCGUCAACUGUCAGAAGUGCUUGUGUGUUGUUGUUUUUUUUUUGUGACCCUGGGCGAUUCUGUCGCAAAAUAAGAGCAUGACAAGCCUCGCCAGUCACCCCACAUACGCCCCCCCCCCCCC